AUGCUAAUACCACUAAACAAUAUACUUACUUGUGGUCACGUCACAAUCAACACUUCUGAAUACGAACUAAAUGUAUUGGACAACUCUUCGCCUCCUGAGUUCACAGUGACACUAGAUCUUAACGUCACAAAAGUGACACUUUCAGAGGCUAAAGAUCUAAACUACCUUCUCAUUGAGGAGAGCGGAGAACUGAAAGUGUGCUGGGAGAUUUUGGAGAAAAAAUUAAAGGAAAUUCAAGACGCUGACAAAUCUUUAAAGGAGAAAUCUGAUGUCGCACUCUACGCAGUGAGUCUAGCUUGUUCUGUGGUGUCCCUUGUCUGUCUUGUAAUAACCAUUAUGACUUACCUCAUACAUCCCAUUUUGAGAACCUUUGCAGGCAAGAACAACAUGAUGCUGUCACUGAGUCUUCUGUUGGCGCAGACAUCACUUCUAGCAGCUGCCCACAUUAAAGAUUUAGACAACGUGUGCAUAUUUCUGGGCAUGUCUACUCACUUCCUGUGGCUGUGGAUGUUCUCGUGGACUUUCAUCUGUAGCCUGGACAUGUUCCUGGUGUUUACUGCCAAGACUCGAAGUUCUUGCUGUCAAGAUGAUUACAAGUCCUUCAUCAAGCGAUGCCUCUUCUCUGUGUCUUUUCCAGCAACUGUGGUUUCUGUCGUAGUAGCGGUCACUUACAACCAGACUAGAGGUCAAGGUAUUGGUUAUGGAUCAGUAAGAUGCUGCUUGGAUUCCCUUCUCUUAACUGGUGUCGCAUUAGCCGGUCCUCUUCUCGUCAUUGUCCUAUGUAAUACAAUCUUCUUCGUCACUACCGUUGUCAAGAUACACAAAGUUCGACAACUCAAGACAUCUGACUUGAAGAAGGAGGAACAGAGUGAUCUCAUUGUCUACGUCAAGUUGUCGGCCAUGACAGGCGUCUUUUGGCUUCUGGCUACAAUCGCACAAGUGUCACAAAACAACUACUUUGAAUUUAUCGUUGAGCCAAUCAACGGACUUCAAGGUGUUUACAUCUUCAUGUCUUACGUCUGCAACAGACGUGUGCUCAGGUUGUACCAUCGUAAGGAAGAGGUCAAGGCCACCAAAACCAAUUCGAUGUCUCUUACUUCAAAGGAAAUUGAGAAAGAGAAAUUAUAAUUAAUAGUUUACUUUGUAAUACACGUUAUGGACCUUUUCUUUUAAAACAUAUAAUUUACUAAAACAUGUUAAUACAUUAUUUAAUUCGUCCUGUGAUUUUAAUUAUGUAGGUCUACUAAAUAGAGCUUAGUAGAGAAAUAUACACAAGAAACCUUAGAGUGGCCCUUAUUUAUAGUAGACAGCUAUGCCUGGCU